UCAAACGUAGUCAGUAACGAUCGGUUUCACACACGCGCUUCAUACCUCUUUUUGAGAAUACAAACUAUAAGUGUUUAAUGUUUAGUUUGAUCGAUGAUACGCUUCUAAAGUAAAUAUUUAUUAAAACAUUUUUUUUUUUUGUUUAUAUGUAGUUGAUUCUCACUUAAAUAAAUUAAAAUUUCAAAAUUCAAUUUAAAACAGGGUGACAUUUUAUUUUGAAUGACAUACAGACCAAUUAGUAUACACACGAAUUCACACAACGACAGACAUGGAGGUAUCAACAUUUUUAGUAUUCACUACGUGGCUCGUUUCUAUUCAGCAGUGUCUUACAAUAAAUUUAAACGCACUAGCAUAUCUUGGUGAACGUUAUCGCACAAAUCUUAUACAAUUUCGAGAAGACUCAUUAUUCGGUAAUAAGCCGAUACUUGAUGAAUAUGACUUUAUCGUAGUUGGAUCGGGGGCGUCAGGCGCUACGGUUGCCAGGAGGCUAGCUGAAGUACCGGAAUGGAAAAUAUUAUUGCUCGAAGCGGGCAAACAGGAAUCAUUGGCUACUUCAGUUCCAGCUAUAGCACAUUAUUUUCAAUUUACAGAUUUCAACUGGGCUUUCAAAACCGAAGAGGAACCGAACGCCUGCCAUGGCGUUGUAAAUAAAAGAUGUUUAUGGCCACAAGGUAAAGGUCUAGGUGGAAGUACAAUCAUUAACAAUAAUAUAUACACUCGAGGCAACGUGAGAGAUUUUGACCGUUGGGCCGAAGCAGGCAAUCCUGGAUGGUCCUACAGAGAUGUUUUACCGUAUUUCUUAAAAAAUGAAGACGUGACUAUUCCAGAAUUAAAACGUUCUCCAUACCAUGGUAUUGGUGGACCAAUGCCAAUAAGUUAUUCUCCUUUUAAAUCAAAAUUAGUAGAAACGUUUCUUGAAUCCGCCCCACAAGUUGGGUUAAAUGUAGUGGACUACAAUGACCCGAAUAGCCACGUUGGCUUUUCAAGGAUUCAAGGUACGAUAAACUACGGUAGACGGGUCACAUCGGCCAAAGCGUACCUGCGAACGAACCUGACAAACUUGCAUAUUGUUGAAGGAGCUUUUGUCACAAAAGUACUGAUUGACCCCAAUACCAAAGUCACAUUAGGCGUAGAAUUUGAAAAGGAAAAUAGAAGACGAAGAGCCCUAGUCAGAAAAGAAGUGAUCUUGUCAGCGGGUGCUUUCAACACACCUAAACUCUUAAUGCUGUCAGGCAUUGGACCUAAAGAACAUCUCGAACCACUGGGAAUAAAGACUAUAAGCGAUCUGCGCGUUGGUGACAACUUACAAGAGCAUCCUUCGUAUGCAAACUUAGCGUUUACUGUAAAUCAAACAGUGGGCUUAAUACCUGAACGUAUUUACAAACAAUCGAUACGCGAGUUCUUCAAUUUUUUCGAUGGUAACGGCUGGCUCACAACUAUGGGCUGUGAAGGUCUUGGAUAUGUGAAAACAAAAUACAACAAGGAUCCUGGAGACGUUCCGGAUAUUGAAUACAUUUUUAUUCCUAUGUCUCUUGCCGGGGAAGAAGGUCUAGGAAAUAGCUUAUUGAGAAGGAGCAUGGGAAUACCAGACAGUGUUCAUUAUGAUCUGCAUAAGGGCAUAUUCAAUAAAGACGGAUGGUCGAUAUGGACUAUGCUCAUGUACCCAGAGAGUAGAGGACAAGUUCGACUAAGAAAUGCUAACCCAUAUUCAAAACCCUUAAUAAGAGCUAAUUUUUUCGAUAAUCCUAUUGAUGUAUUGCGUAUAGUAGAAGGAAUAAAAAUGGUUAUAGAACUUAACAAAACACCAGCUUUUCAAAAAUUGGGAUCUACUUUAAGUGUGCGAACAAUGCCAGGAUGUAGACACCUAAGUUAUGGUACAGAUAAAUACUGGGAAUGUUGUGUAAAAAGACUGACUAUGCAGAUGCAUCAUCAGAGCGGUACUGCAAAGAUGGGACCAUCGUCCGACCGAAACGCAGUGGUCAACCCUCAACUCAUGGUUUACGGUGUCUCUAAGUUGAGAGUUAUCGACUGUUCAAUCAUGCCGACGAUUACUGGUGGUCACACUGUUGCACCAGCCUACAUGAUCGGCGAGAAAGGAGCUGAUUUAGUCAAAUCGACUUGGCUAAGACCAACAAAUUAAAAUUUAUAGUACAAUAAGUAUUAUUAAUAAGUAAUUAAAUAAAAAGACUUAAACUAAUUUCAGGUUACCUAUCUUGAAAUCGAUUGUGUAAUGUUAUUACUGUUAUUAGAAUAUUAUAUUAUUAUUGGCAAACGUGUAAAUUCGUAUUACUCGUUUGAUCAAUAAUAGAAAUCAUAGUGUGUAAUGUAUUUUAUUUUACUGUAUUAUAUGCAAUUAUUGAAAUGAAGUAUUAAAAGUUAAUUGUAACACUUUUGAAUAUUAUACCUCUAUUUUAUAUUAUAGUAUGUAUCUAUAUAAUAUUUGAUGAUUUAUACUAUAAAUAUAUUUUAAAUAGCGAUUACCAAACAUAUUAUGAUGUGUUUAUUUUCAUGCGGUCGAUUUUCCACAAACAAAAAAAAAAAAAAAUAAUUAAAUAUUAAAAAUGUCACUUUGUUUAUAAACAUGAUGUAUUGUACAUUUAUAUUAUAAUUGUUGAGCAUAAUAAAAGUUCUUAAAAUAAAUUUUAAUUAACAAUCCAAACAUCAUAUUUCUUAAAUUUUAACAUAAUAUGAAUUGUUACUAAGAUAAGACACAGUAUAAUGUUAAAUUUGUAUAAUACAAUAUUAUAAUAUAAAUAGUCAAUAGAUCUUUAAAAAAUAUUUGUAUAUAAUAAUUAUGCAUAUUUAGAUUCUAAAUAGUUUGACAAGUGACAUUGGCAUUAUUGUGUUAGAAAGUGCUUAAUAACAUUUAUUAGACUGACAUAUUAAUCAGGACUUGAAUAAAUUAUAAUAAUAUAUUGUAUAUUUAGAAUCAUUAUUAACUACUAAUGAAAAUUUAAAUUAUGAUACUUUUAUAAUAAAAAAAAUUGUUUAUUUUAUUUCGUAGCAUCUGAGUAAUUGUAAGGCAAUUCAUUGAGAAUAUAUAUUCAUUGAACGAUGGUAAAACGUGUAUCAUUUUAAAAACCAGUACUGAAUACUGGAUUCCGACAACGGUAAUUUCUUUUUAAAAAAAAAAAUAAGGAAAAAGCGACGCCUACCUACAACAAUAAUAUAGGGGUUAACGAACGUGUUCUAUAAGUCUUACUGACCUAUAGAGUAUCUUUUU